GUAGGUUGAACCUAAUGCGCAAGUCAGGGAUUACAACGAGCCAAACAGCAAGAUUGUCAACAACGAUUUGCUCUUGACUUCGCCAUAAUUCCCUGCAGUUGUUGUUCACUUUGCUGAGAAUUACUUGAAGGGGAAUUACAUGGAUUCAAUGCUAUCGUCACCUGUCUGCAUGUGAACAAGAAAUAAGAAAGAAUUAGAAAAUUGCGACCCAUCAAAAAGCUAUGGACAUGACAGUAUCCUACCUCAAGUAAUAAAAAAUUUCAUACCAAAGACAUGGAAUCAUAUUCAAUAGGAGAACUGAGAAAAGAGAUCAAAAUACGUGAUGGAAGAAAUAUUUUACAUCUGUCGGGUCACAGUUUGCGUGAAUUGCCUGUAGCUGUGAUGGAAUUAACUGAGUUGGAGGAACUUUACCUGACUGAAAAUAAACUUCAAACAAUUCCUGAAAAUAUUAGAAAACUGAUUAAUCUUACCAGACUUGAUUUAUAUGGAAACCAGCUUUCCAUAUUCCCUGCAAGUCUGACUCAUUUGAAGAAACUAAAAUGGCUGGACAUCUCAUAUAAUGAAUGGCUAACAACUGAUGCUAUUGGUGAGAUGGGGGAGCUGGAGAUACUGUAUCUGAAGGAAAACCAGUUGACUGUGUUGAGUCCAGCUAUAACACAGCUGAAGAAACUCAAAAAGCUAUACAUGACAGGUAACAAACUAACCACCAUCCCUGAUGCUAUCGGUGAGAUGGUGGGACUGGAGGUACUGGAACUGAAUUACAACAAGUUGACUGAGUUGAGUCCAGCUAUAAAACAGCUGAAGAAACUCAAAGAGCUCUCCAUCACACAGAACCAACUUACCACCAUCCCUGAUACUAUUGGUGAGAUGGUGGAUCUAGAGAAACUGGAUCUGAGUCACAACCAGUUGACUGUGUUGAGUUCAAACAUAAAACAGCUGAGGAAACUAAAAGUGCUUGAAAUCUCAGACAACAAACUAACCACCAUUCCCAGUGCUAUUGGUGAGAUGGAAAAUCUAAAGACAUUGGAUCUGAGUGACAACAAGUUGUCUGUGUUGAGUCCAGCUUUAAAACAGCUGAAGAAACUCAAAUAUUUGUAUGUGGAUAAGAAUCCUUUUUACAGUUGAAGGAGUGAGAAGUGUUAUGGAGCUAGAGGAUAAGAUUGGCAGAGUAUCUUCAGCUAUCCCAGACCAUGUGGAAAGACAGAGAGCAGAAGGACGUAAAGCAGAUUUGGCUUUUGAAUGGGCCUUGAAAGAUGGAUAUGUAAGAGUU